AUGAGAAAUGGAAAGCAGCUUCACAUCACAAGUGAGGAAGCCACCGGUGACCGGCUCAAUGAUCGUAUACGCUCAAUAGAAUAUGUACGCGCGGGCGAAAGAAUUAAUGCUGCUUAUGCCCGCCCCCGAGGAUCACCAAGCAGUUGUAUCUAUUUCCGAGGCGGUCAGUCCCAUCCCGCUGAGGAUGAAAAAAGGAAGUGCAUGGAUUGUUUCUUCGAAGUUGUAGGGAGGGAGUUCUCCCGCGUGAGCGAAGUUGGAGAACGAGUUCCCGGCUCCUGUUGCUCUGUUGCUUGUCCUGUCAUUCUGUGCAAGGGCGUAAGCCCGUAA